AGGUCACAAAAGUACAGUAACUGUGGCAUAGUCAAGAGCAAGAGCAGUCUCAGGAAUUCCAACAGAAAUAAACAGGAUGCUGACAGGAUGCCCGCUUAAACGGAAAGCUCCACCUAUUCUUCCAGCUACAGUGAACUGCAGCAUUACAUACAGUACAGUAUGUGCUCUUUGGUGACUCCAUUCCUUCGGAUACUCUCAAGAUCUGAAGAUCUUCAAACAGCAUAAAAGUCCAGGUCAACAUGGCAGCAAAUCACCUGAGCAGCUCUGCUGCCCCUGGUAACAAUGGACGGUAUAUCAUGUACCAUGGCACGUCUAGAGAGGCUGCUGAAAGCAUCCAGAAAGAUGGCUUCAGGCCGUCCAGCGAUGGCAUGCUGGGCAGAGGAGUCUACCUCAGCCGGGAUCUGAAUAAGGCCAGCAGGUACCCUCUGAAUCUGGAUAAGUCUCAGCGAGUCGUCAUCAAAGUGGAAGUAAGAGUUGGCAAGGUGAAAAAAAUUGAUCGCCAGGACCACCCCCUGCGGAAGACCUGGCAUGACGAGGGCUAUGCCACGGCCUGGGUUCCCCCUGACUGCGGCAUGGUGCAAAGUGGACUGGAGGAAGACUGUGUGUGGGAUCCCAGUAGGAUCACAAUCUUGGAGGUGAUUGACCCAGCGCCAGAUGUUGGCUUUUCAUGUAUGGCGAUGUGGGCCGAGACCGAUUUCCCUCCUCCAGGCCAGCCAACCUUGGACAGCUACGCAGAGCCACAAUGUGGACGGACCUACACCAUGUACCACGGCACAUCCAGACAGGCAGCAGCCUCCAUCCUGAAGAACGGAUUCAGGCCAUCCAGCGAUGGCAUGCUGGGUAGAGGAGUCUACGUCAGCCGGGAUCUGAAGAAAGCCAGUGGCUACCCUCUACGUUUGCCCGAGAGAGAAAGAGUUGUGCUGAAAGUGUUAGUGUCUGUUGGACAGGUGAAGAAAAUUGACUACCAGGGCCACCCCUGGCAGAAGACCUGGCGUCAAUAUGGCUACGACACGGCCUGGGUUCCCCCUAAAUGUGGCAUGGUGUCCAGCGGACUGGAGGAAGACUGCGUGUGGGACCCUAACAGGAUUCAAAUAGUUGAGGUCAUCUAUCCCAAAGAACCUGAUGGCACUGGAAUAUUUUUGGCAGGGGCUGCAAUCAUUGGAGGACUCGGUGCAUUCGCCUUGGCACUUCUUGAAUUGAGAAAAUAAAGAAGCUGGUUGUUUGCCUGAAAGACUGCAGAGGGGUAUACUGAGAAGCUGGUUCAGGAGUAAACCAGGUUAUGUUACAUGUAAGAGUAAAUCAUCUUCUAUUAUGUAAACACACCUCUAAACCAGGUUAUGUUAAGAGGUAAAUCAUCUUAAAGAAGACCCUGUAGUCCUCAUUAUUGUAAGGAAAUGAGGACUCCAGGCUCUCCUAUUGCAUAUGUAAAUGCACCUCUAAACCAGGUUACGUUAACAGGUAAAUCAUCUGACAGAAGAGCAUGGAGUCCUCCAGCCUCUUCUAUUAUGUAAACGUACCUCUAAACCAGGUUUACAGGCCCUUCUAUUAGAUGAUUUACUUCUUAACGUAAUCAGGUUUACUCCUGAACCAGCUUCUUAGUAUCAGCCCCAGAUUGGACCAUCACCCCCUGUCCUGAGGGAUGCCUUGGCUCUCCUCUCUCCCUUCCUUUGAGCACAAAAUACUUUUUUUCUUGAGAGACUGCAGGCUGGACCAUCACCCCCUGUCCAGAUGGAUGAAAUGGCUCCUCUCUACCUUCCUCUGAGCACAAAAGACUUUCCCUGCUCCAUGUACUAUACACAGCAUCACAGACAAUCAAGUUUAGUAUACCCGCACUAUCUGCAGUAUGUAAACCUACAUUUUGGGUACAUUUCAUUAUUGAACCUCCCGUUCUUGCCUACCAUCCAAUGGAAGACAAGACAUCAUUGACAAUAAUAGUUUUAUUCAAUACCUUGCAAAAGCACAAUUCAAAGGUCAGUUUGUCAGUUGCAAAUGGCAUGUUGAAUGGGGGAAGUUCCCCUAAAGCUGCACAAGCGACGAUGAGAGGUAGA